UAUAAUCGGACUGAUCGCGGACGCAUGCUUACAUCUGAAUAUGAGCAACAGUAGUUGCUUUCUAUCGUCGUGUUUUAAGCAUGAGCUCGGUGUGCAAGAGUUAUAACAACACGGAAAAAGUGUUGGUAGGAGCGUUUACUUGCCCAAAACCGGACCUCCGUUCAAACGCAGUUUACUGUUGCGGCUUCAACGACAGCAAGUACUGCUGUGACGACCCAAACAGCUUCUUCCCCUACGAGUAUGCCUACAUGUGGUGGCUGAGUGUAGGGGCGCUCAUAGGUCUGUCCAUUGCGGCGGUGGUGCUGCUGGCCUUCAUCAUCACCCUGUGUGUCCUGUGCUACCUCUUCAUGUCUACUAAACCCAGAGGCCUGGACAACGGCCUCCAUCUUAGAACAACAGUCUCCAGACCCCCGGACCCCAGACCCCAUGUCUCCAGCCAGCCGGUAGGCCCUGCCGGACCCCAGGGGCUGCGGAGACACUUUGUAAGGGGGAAGCUGGACUGUGAGAACCAGCCCCCCGAGCCGGAGCGCCUGUUCCAGCGAUGCUUCAUGGCCACGGUCACGACCAUCAACGUGGAGCGACCUGCGUAGGGCUGGGUUGUACUUCCCCUGUUCCCUGGCAGAUGGUGUUCGCAUCUCACCUGGAAACUCACCUUGAGGCGGAGGCCUCGUCAUAAAACAUUUCUUCUCCUUGUCGUUGUUGUUGUUCUUCUCUUCUGUUCACCCAGGCUGUUUCCCAAAGGGUUAGGAAGCGUGCUCAACGGCCGCCCAUUUAAGCACGCUACGUCAUAGAACGCAGACAAGCACUGUUCCAAUGUUGAGAACGCUCGAAAAUUCGCGCCCUUUUCGCAUCCUUUAUUUUGGAGAAUUCCGAGAUCUCUGGAUCCUCAACGAGCCAAAAUACCCACAAUCCUACCCCGCCCAGCGUGUGAACGCUGUCCACAAUUCUAUCCACAAUUCUGUAGCAGUAAUCCACAAUUCUACCCCGCCCAGCGUUCACACGCUGGGCGGGGUAUUUACAAAUUGCGUCUGGAAAGCAGUACACAUUGCUUUACACAAGUGUAAAGCAAGUUUUUGAACGUUUUCAGAAAUAU